ACGAGUUAUACAUCUGCACCUGAAUCCUCAUUGGCCACAGCACAGUGCAGUGUCUGGAAAUGACCACAAAGCGGAAGCUGAUUGGCCGGCUGGUGCCGUGCCGUUGUUUCCGUGGUGAAGAGGAAGUGAUCUCAGUGUUGGACUACUCUCACUGCAGCCUGCAGCAGGUCCCAAAGGAGAUCUUCAGCUUUGAGAGAACUCUGGAGGAGCUCUAUCUAGACGCCAACCAGAUUGAGGAGCUACCUAAGCAACUCUUCAACUGCCAGGCCUUGAAGAAGCUGAGCAUGCCCGAUAACGACCUGUCCAACCUGCCCACUACCAUCGCCAGCUUGGUCAACCUCAAAGAGCUGGACAUCAGUAAAAACGGUAUCCAGGAGUUUCCAGACAAUAUAAAGUGCUGUAAAGGCCUGUCUGUGGUGGAGGCCAGUGUCAACCCGAUCACAAAACUCCCAGAUGGUUUCACACAGCUCCUGAAUCUGACCCAGCUCUUCUUAAACGAUGCCUUCCUGGAGUAUCUGCCAGCUAACUUUGGCAGACUCUCCAAACUACGGAUCCUGGAGCUGAGAGAGAACCACCUGAAAACCAUGCCAAAGUCCAUCCACAGACUGACACAGUUGGAGAGGCUGGAUCUGGGUAGCAAUGAAUUCUCUGACAUGCCGGAGGUUUUGGAGCAGAUCCACAACCUGAAAGAGCUGUGGUUGGAUAACAACUCGAUACAGUCUAUACCAGGGUGGAUAGGAAAACUUCGUCAGUUGCGGUACUUGGACUUAGCUAAGAACCGAAUUGAGACGUUGGACACGGAUGUUUCAGGCUGUGAGUCUUUAGAAGACCUGCUGCUGUCCUCCAACAUGCUGCAGCAUCUCCCUGACACUAUAGGAAUGUUGAAGAAGCUGACAACAUUGAAGGUAGAUGACAACCAGCUGACCUCACUGCCUAACACCAUUGGGAGUGCGAAGCCCAAGCAAGGUCUGUCUCUGUUGGAGGAGUUGGACGUUAGUUGUAAUGAGUUGGAGUCGUUGCCGCCCACAGUCGGCUACCUGAUCAGUCUGAGGACCUUCGCUGCUGACGAGAACUUCCUCACAGAGCUUCCCAGGGAGAUUGGGAACUGUAAGAACGUCACAGUAAUGUCUCUGCGCUCCAACAAGCUGGAGUUCCUUCCUGAUGAGAUCGGACAGAUGACCAAACUACGCGUCCUGAACCUCAGUGACAACAGGUUAAAGAAUCUACCGUAUACCUUCACCAAGCUGAAGGACCUGGCAGCUCUGUGGCUCUCUGACAAUCAGUCCAAGGCUCUGAUCCCACUGCAGACAGAAGCCCACCCUGAAACCAAACAGAAGGUUUUGACCAACUACAUGUUUCCUCAGCAACCGCGACAUGAUGAGGAUUACCAGUCGGACAGUGACAGCUUUAAUCCUACUCUUUGGGAGGAGCAGAGACAGCAGAGGAUGACUGUGGCCUUUGACUUUGAGGACAAGAAAGAAGAAGAAGACAACUCUGGGAAGGUCAAGGUGGAGAUUAACCUAAAGCGCUACCCAACACCUUACCCUGAGGACCUAAAGAACAUGGUCAAGUCAGUGCAAAGCCUUGUGGGUAAAAGUGCACACCCCGGACACCCGCACCAACACCAGCACCAGCACCAACACCAGCACCAGCUGAGCACAGGCACUGCCACCUCGGCAGGAACCAACAUGGAACACACACACCUCAGCAAAGAGCCGUACGAACCGCCGUGGCCCCUGCCUCCUAAAGAGGUGACAGACAGAGAGAUGCAGGACUUCUCUCAGACUCAGCUAAUGGAUCAGGGAUCAAUGCAUAACUCUGGCAUCGACAUUCCCAAGAGGAAGGACAAAGAGGACCUGACAGAGAGCUCUGAGGACUCUAUGGGCGGUUCUCCCAACGACAUCCGUAUCUCCGACAUGAGGCCCACCCUGGUGGAGCCGCCGAUGUACAAACCAAAAGUGGUGCUGCUGGGGAAGGAUAAGAAAGAGUCCACAGAUGAGGAGGUGGAUAAGCUCCACUGUCUUAACCACAGCGGCUCCUCGGCCACCUACUCCGACUACUCUCCCUCACAGGGCUCCUCGGGCUCCUCUAACCCGCCCGCCAAUGCACACCCACACGCUCUAUCUCACACGCACCAACAUACGCCCGCUCUACCGGCCCCCAGCAAGGACCAGGCCCCUCAAACACACUGGACCAACAGACUGGCUCAGUCAUUCCCAAAGCCCAUUGACUCUAAGCCCCUGCUGUCUCAGAGGGAAACCCCUCCGUCAGGCACCCUGCAGCAGCGAGGGGAUCGACGCCCACUGAGCGAGCCUUUCGACUGGGCUGAAGCCCCUCACUAUGACAACACAGGUUUCGAUGCUGAGGAGUCUCCCCUGGAUGCUCCGUCCUCGAAUACAAGUCAGGGAAACCCACCGCUGGGCUCCAAACCCCGCAGCCAGUCUACACAUGGGCGCCGCCCCCUACUCAGGCAAGAGCGGAUCGUAGGAGUUCCUCUGGAGCUGGAUACACAGACGCUCCCCUUCCACAGCAACCAACGCUCUACUCCAGACAAUGACCAACAAUCCUCAGCAUCUACCCAGAAUCCAUGGCAGAAUUGGACCAGGACUCCAAGCCCGCUGGAGGACCGGACUGCUUUCCCCUCUAAACUUGACCUGACACCCACCUCGAGCCCCAACCCUGACCGCAAGGAUGUAGACUCAAGGCUGGAACAAAGUGCAGGACCUUUGCCGGGCAGCUGGUCGUACCACAACAAUCAGGGAGAGCAAAACAGGAAGGAUCAGCUUACUGUCAGCGGGGGCAACAAGGUGACAGUGGUGAUGAGUAAAAGCUCUGACCGCCUGUCUCCUAUGAUGAGGGAGACGAGAUCCAAAUUUAAGAAGUCACAGAGCAUCGAUGAGAUCGACAUUGGCUCCUACAAGGUCUACAGUAUUCCCAUGGACAGCUACAGUUCAUCCAUUGAGCAGCAGACGAGUUUAGACCGCCCAGAGUUGCCUGGUUCUAUGGAGCAGACGAGCAUGGCACGGUCCCAGUCUGCUCCCAUGUUAGAUGAUGAGCUGGGCUUCCCUGGACAGAACCAGAACCAGAUGGGACAUAACCAGAAGCCUGCUGUCCCACAGAAGGCAUACCACUUUGACCACAACUAUAACCCCCAGGUGACCAUGGACCGCCGGGUCCCUCCCCCCUUCCCCAACACACCUGAUUACGUCAACCAUGCUACGAAGGCCAUAGAGUACAUCAACCAACCAGGGAAGACGUUACCCAAAGAGCUGGUGAGCCCUCGGUAUCGUGUGUAUCCUCCUUUGGAGAUGUUUUCUUUCCCUCAAUCACCAAUCAACCAAGACGGCCCACCCAGCCAACAGCAGCAGCAGCAGCAGCAACCAAUCCCAGCACAGCGCUCAAGACCAGGGUUUCUGAGGAGAGCAGACUCAUUGGUGAGCUCUACAGAGCUGGCUUUGUUCCGCAGAGUUCACGAAGCCCAGCAGGAGGCGCUGCAGGAGGCUCAGUACAGACAGCAGGCGGACCCUCCUCUUUACAGUCGGGCUCCUGUUUACUCCAGCCCCAUGGAGCACGCUGCCAUCACAAACAUAGCCGACAACCAGAGUCAGAUGAUGCACAACAAGAGGAACGGUCGCUAUGAUGAUGACUAUCCCACCUACCAGGAACAGAAGAAACCCAUGAUUGGUUAUCCAACAAAGAGUCUGACUCAACGCCGCCCUCUGUCUGCCAGGAGCUACAGCACUGAGACUUAUGGAGCAUCUCAGGUACACAGUCAUGUCAGACAUGCUGCAGAGGCUCGUCCAGUGUCCGCUCGCCCCACCAUGGCUGCCCUACUAGAGAAGAUGCCCCCUGACUAUACCUUGGCUACCUGCCCUGAAAAACCCUCCGAAGACACUAUCAAAGUCCGACCUGUGGUACCACAGAAGCCUGAAGACAUCACCUCCAGGAUGCCUGCCGACUGGAGACAACAGCUGCUGAGGCACAUAGAGGCCAAACGACUGGACAGGAGUGGUGUCCUAAAGCACAACACGCUCACGCUGGGCAUGCUCUGUCAGGGCGGGGGUCACGGCCAGGGGCGCAGCAGCACUUUGAACUUUAAUCUUUACAAUAACACUAAGCAUGAUCCCCCUGCUGGCCGCUGGCUGCCACUACCUCCUCCUCCGUCUGCUAACGCUACCCCCUCUCAGCAAGCUGCCAUGCUGGAUAACGACCAAGAGGGGGUGUCAGGGAGCAACCAGUGGGCUCCGUACUCUCUUGGCAGAAGGGACGUCCCACCUGAUAACCUCAUGAAGAAGAGUGCCCACUCCCACAACCAGUCCCACCAAUCACACAACACACACAUGAUCGUCACCUCCUCUUCCUCCUCCUCGUCCACUACGCCUCAUCGUGUGGUCAGCCAGCAGGUCUACGACGGGAUGAUGAACAAAGGUGGACAGUACCAACCGGGGAUGCCCCUCUCAGUGGUUCCUGCUGGGGGGCAGUACCAGAGCAACAUGACUCAAGGCCACCAAGCUCCUGGACAGGCUUACCCCAGUGCUGGCUUGCCCAUGGCCAUCUCUCCAUCAGGAAACCAGCCCCAGUACAACCCGCACUCCUCUCACUCCUCUCAUCAGCCCUCCCUCCCUGCCACCAACCCCCAAUACCACAACCAGGGCAUGGUCCAUAGCAACCAGGUUGUCAUGACACACACCAACCCGCGGCCUCAAAGCGCCCGUUGCCUGCUGCAGACUAAAGGCCAAAAGAGCACUGACGGUUUCCAGGAGCAGUUGUGUGUGAGAAUAGAGAAGAACCCUGGUCUUGGUUUCAGUAUCUCUGGCGGCAUCAGUGGCCAGGGGAACCCCUUCAAACCCUCCGACAUGGGUAUCUUUGUUACUAGGGUACAGCAUGACGGGCCCGCCGCCUCUGCCCUGCAGCCUGGAGACAAGAUAGUGCAGGCUAAUGGACAUAGUUUUAUACACAUGGAGCACGAGACAGCCGUCUCUCUGCUGAAGAGUUUCCAGCGGACGGUGGACUUGGUGGUUCUGAGGGACAGCAGCACGCGCUAGAAAUAGUUUUAUAACAAAACAAACAAACAAAACACAACAACGCUUCUCUACUCUGCUCAUCGCCAUCCCACGCCACCCCCACUUGCCCUCCGCUGGAGGCUUGUGGAACUGAAAAAUGAGCCGCCUUUUUUACCUUUUUAGGGGAACACACAGACAUUUAUUUGCCUAUUGCUGGACCAAAGGCAAAUACUAGUGCCAAAUGUACCAUAGGAAACAUAUCGGCUCCUCUGUCCACCUGCGGUCAGGGACCUGAUCAACGAGCGGAUGGACCACAAGAGGACUUUGAGUUCCUACAGGGCUGCUGCAGUUUGGAUUUUGUGGUUGGUUUCUUAAUUAGGCAGUCAUCUGAUCAGUCAGUCUGAAUAGUUUGGUUUUGUUACAGUUCUCUUGUACUUUUCUUUCCUCCUUUGACUUUUAUUUUCUGGUCCAGGGUAGAUUUUGAUUAUUUCUGUCAUUGGUGUAGCACAUGAUUCACAUACAUGUUCUUCCUUGUUCUUCUUUGCUUUGUUCUCCUGUUUUGUCUUUUUCUUUCUGCAGUCUUCUCUUGUGUUCUGCCGGUGUUAUUGCCUCCAGUGUACAGAAAUUAAAAACUUAAGACGUUCUGCCUUGUGUACAUACAUCGAGCUGCAGUUUUCUUGAGCUGCACUCUCCCUGGGGCCUGGACACAGUUUAUGAUUCAUAUAAAUAUUGUUGAUAGACCACAGUCUGAAUCCUCUCUUAUGAGCAUACAGGGAUUAUUUCUCAAAAUGGACAGUUUUAUAAAGUAUAUCACAGAUUUUUUUUGUCCUGUAAAGAAAAAAACACUGUUCAUAGUUCACAGAAGCUUCUUGUUUUACUUGUUUUAAACUGUUGCUUGCACAUGUGUGCUUCAAAAGAGCUAAAGCAAUAUUUCUAGGCUCAGCCCAUUGAGAUUUUCAGCUGAGCCUACCUUUUCCUGCAGUGCCAUCUUUUGAAAAGUCAUGCUAAUGUUUACACACACUGCCAUGCACAUAAAAACACAAAUGAAGUACACGUGUGUGCCCCCAUACACAACACAAAUGUGCUGGUGAGCAUUAAGAAGCCCUGACUCUAUUCUAGCCUGGUUUGGGGAUUUAAACUGAGUCACACUCACUCACAGUGAAACAUUAUUCAUAGUAUCUGUGCCAUAUUUGAGGUCCUGUUUUGUAGUUUUUUACAUCCCUUUUUGCUGUUCUAGUUAUAUGAAAAAAGUCAGAGCAUGCUUUAAUAUCUUCAGUGACUGUCAGCCAAUCAUUUUCUGUAUGCUUAUGGAGUUUUCCACCCUGCAGAAAACUUAAGAUUUGUUAAAUCACCAUGUUUCAGUGAGACUGAUAUCUGGUGCAAUAUGGAUUCUGUGCCCCCUCUGGUUUCAUUUCACACAGGCUAAAACGUCAGAGCUUUACCUCUUUGUGUCACAGAUUUGAUCUGCACACAGUGAGAGCAGCAGCAUGGAGGAAACAUUUGUGUCCUGACCUGUAGCCCCUCUGUGGAAAGCAACAAGAUGAAAAGGAUGGACUAAAGGUAUAACACACAGUGUCAGUGUCUUAAUGGGAGGAUUUACAAGAAUCAGACUCUCUGUUGAAGGCUGGUGAAACUCCAGGCGAUUUUUAAAUCUUAACCAAUGUUAAGAACAAGGGAGACCACAGAUAUCAGGACGGUUUCACCUGAUCUUUAACAUUGUAAUCUUCUAAAUGCACACUCUAAACAAGCAAGGUCAAAAGUAAGGCCAGGGGACCAACUGCCUCCUGUGGUCAAUUUUAAAAAUUAAAAUGAAAUAUGGCUUGCUUUACUCUCUAUCUAUCUAUCUAUCUAUCUAUCUAUCUAUCUAUCUAUCUAUAGAUAGAUAGAUAGUCAUUUAUUGUCAUUACAUUGU